UAUAAAUAUAAAAGUUCAAGACUUCAAAUCCAUAUAAAGCGCUUGACUUUCCAAAAUGCAAAGCAAAUUAGAGCUUUUAUGGCUUCAACUCGCAACCAUUUAGUCUUUCCUGGUCUCCCAUCUCCUUCUUCUUCAUGCGUUGUCUCUUCCUUCUUCUCCAUCGCUUUGUGCCCAAUACACCCUUCAAGCUCAGCCCCUCAUCUUCCUUCUCAGCCUAUGCUUCUUCUUCUUCAAUCAAAUUUCCCAACUUCAACCAAUCCCAACCUAAAGGUCAAAACUUUUUGUCACUCUUGCAACGAUUUUCGAAAAAUCUCAUCUGGGUCAACUCCAUUCAUGCCCAGAUCAUCACCAAUGCGCUAUUCACAGACCAAAGUUUGGUCUCAAAGCUUGUUAGAGUGUACUGCGACUUGGGUAGUUUGGUUUAUGCACGCCACGUGUUUGAUGAAUGUCCUCACCCAAAAACCUUUCUUUACAAUUCUAUGAUUUAUGGGUAUUUGAGAAAUGAGAGGUACAAUGAGGCCCUUGAGUUGUUUAGAUUUAUGGGUUCUUGUAAUGUGGAGGUGGAUAGUUAUACAUGUAACUAUGCGCUCAAGGCGUGCAUGGGGCUUUCGGAUUAUGAUACGGGUGUGGAGGUUAUGAAGAAAGCUGUGGAUAAAGGGGUUGAAAGCAAUGGGUUCUUGGGGAGUUCAAUGAUAAAUUUUUUGAUGAAAUUCGGUAAUGUUGAUGAGGCGCAGAGGUGUUUUGAUAAGAUGCCGGAAAGAGAUGUUGUUUGUUGGAAUUCGAUGAUUGGUGGCUAUGUGCAAGCUGGUCAGUUCGGCAAGGCAUUUGAUUUGUUUCAUGAAAUGUGUGAUUGCGGCAUUAGGCCUAGUUCAGUGACUAUGCUGAGCAUGAUUCAAGUAUGCAUUAAAACUGCGGAUUUCAAGCUUGCGAAAUGUGUUCAUGGUAGCAUAGUUGGACUGGGAAUGAGCAAUGAGGUUUCGGUGCUUACCUCGUUGGUUGAUAUGUAUAGUAAUAUUGGUGACGUGCUUAGUGCAUGUUGGGUUUUUGAGACUAUGCCCAAAAGAAAUUUGGUUUCGUGGAAUGUCAUGAUCUCAGGAUGUGUUCAAAAUGGUAUGGUGCAUGAAUCGUUUGCCUUCUUUGGUAGAUUAGUUGCAAAUGGUGUUAGGUUUGAUUCAGGGACCAUGGUGAGCCUAAUUCAGGGUUGUUCCCAAACACCUGAUUUGAAAGGUGGAAAAAUCCUACACUGUUGUUCAUUAAGGAGGGGUUUUGACUUAAAUCCCAUUUUGUCCACUGCCACUGUUGAUCUUUACUCUAAAUGUGGUGCAGUAAAGCAGGCAACUUUUGUCUUUGACAGAAUGGAAGAGAGGAAUGUUAUUACAUGGACCGCUAUGCUUGUGGGACUAACACAAAAUGGGCAUGCAGAAGAAGCCUUGAAGCUAUUCUGUCAGAUGCAAAAAGAGGGAGUUGCUGCCAAUUCAGUGACACUGGUUAGUUUAGUCCAUUCUUGUGCCCAUUUGGGCUCUCUGAAGAAAGGAAAGAGUGUUCAUGCUCACAUAAUCCGGCAGGGCCAUUCAUUUGACAUAGUUAACAUGACAUCCUUAAUUGAUAUGUAUGCCAAGUGUGGAACAAUAAAGUAUGCUGAGAGGAUAUUUAGCAAUGGCUCCAUCUGUAGAGAUGUUAUCGUAUGGAACUCUAUGAUAACAAGCUAUGGUAUUCAUGGUCAUGGACAGCAAGCUCUUGGUAUGUAUAGAAAAAUGAAGGAGGAGGGAUUUGAGCCAAACGAAACCUCCUUUCUUUCUCUUCUAACUGCUUGUAGUCACUCAGGACUUCUUGAAGAGGGCAUCAAGUUUUUCCACAGCAUGGAGAGAAACCAUAACAUUAGGCUGACAGAAAAACACUAUGCAAGUUUUGUGGAUCUUCUAAGCAGAGCAGGCAGAUUUGAAGAAGCUGAGGCAUUGAUUGAACAAAUGCCUUUUAAACCAGGAAGCUCUGUUUUUGAAGCAUUGCUCAGUGGAUGUCAAGCUCACAAGAACAUUGAACUGGGUCUAAAGACGGCAGAUAGAUUACUUUGUAUUGAUUCCAUGAAUCCUAGUGUUUAUGUCGUUGUUUCAAAUAUUUAUGCUCAAGCAAGGAGAUGGGAUGAUGUGAACUACAUUCGAAACCUCAUGAGGACAAGAGGAUUAAGGAAAACACCCGGGUGUAGCUUGAUUGAAGUGGGAAACCAGGUCCACACAUUCUUCGCUGGAGACAAUUCACAUCCUAAUUGGGCAGAGAUUUAUCAGCAUUUAGAGAACAUAAGAGUAGAAGUGGAGGCUUCUGGUUAUAUCCCCAAUACAAGCAGUGUUCUUCGCAAUGUGGAUGAGCCAAUGAAGAUAAGGCUGCUAUGGGGGCACAGCGAGAGAUUAGCCAUUGCAUUUGGGCUCUUAAGUACACCAGCUGGGAGCUUGAUUAGAAUCACAAAGAAUCUAAGAGUGUGUGUUGAUUGUCACAAUGUGACUAAACUUAUAUCAAAGAUGAUGAGGAGGGAGCUUAUUGUGAGAGAUGCCAAUCGUUUUCAUCACUUUGUGAAUGGGAAGUGCUCUUGUAAUGAUUACUGGUGAUGAGCUUUUUUCUCCUUGUCACAAAUUGCCAAACUAAAAUCUCAUCUGCUAUUAAACUGAAAUGUGCCCAAGAAUUACUUGCUUGACUGACUUUGAGAUACAGAGUACGAAUAAUAACAUUUGCCAGUGGAGAAAAACGAGGUUAUGUUGUAUUCUAUUUAAUCAGAUGAUGUUGUAUUGUUUGCUGUUUUUUUUUUUUGAUUGGAUUGAUCAUUGAUGUUUGUUUUUUGAAGAAGGAAAAAGAUAAACAAGCAUUGAAUAUUUGAAUGUUAUGACAGAGCUCAAAUUGUUAUACCAGCACAGUACAACCAUUAACCUACAGGCCCUCUGCUCCUUCCGUCAGCAGAUGACUGAAAGUAGAAAGAGAACCUUAGACACUAAGUAUUUAUUAAAAGAAGAUGCCAUGCAAGUGGAUUUUACUUUACUUUUGCUACUUUAAUUUACUUUUGCUACUUUACUAAACUGCUAUAUCUUUCUUCUUCCUUGCUACAAUUUUUCUCCGACUAUUCAUAUCUCAACCUCGGAACAUUGGACUAGGCCACGAAGACAUGUAUAAGAACCGAUUGCAAGAGGAGGCUCAGAAAAGAAGUUUAAAUUUUCCCUCGUAUUCAUCCACCCGGGAAAGACCGGAUCAUGCCCCACGAUUCAAAGCAACCGUCAACUUCGAUGGAAAAACUUAUGAAAGUCCUGACUUUUACCGUACUCUUCGGGAGGCAGAGAAUGCUGCUGCAGAAGUAGCAUUGAACAAAGGUAAAAAAGGAGGGCAUAAGGCCGCAGUACUGGUGAGUAGCAAAAACCGUAGUGCAUACAUGUUUAAGAACCGAUUGCAAGAGAAGGCUCAGAAAAGUCGUUUAAAAUUUCCCUCGUAUUCACACACCCGGAAAGGACCGGAUCAUGACCCACUAUUCAAAGCAACCGUCAACUUCGAUGGAAAAACUUUUGAAAGUCCUACCUUUUCCCCUACUCUUAGAGAGGCAGAGAAUGCUGCAGCAGAAGUAGCAUUGAACACAGUUGAAAAAAGAGGGCAUAAACUAGCAUUGGCCGCAGUACUGGCUGUCCUAUUCAUAUUUCUACAUGCAUGGCUGUAUCCCGAGUCCACGAGAGAACCCUGAAACGGGAGCAAACCGCCCUUCCACCUUUCUCGAGUGCUGCAGGAGUAAACGUCUUUGGAGCUUCUCAACAGGAAAAUCAUCGAUUUUGUUGUUCAGUGUUAUAGAAUCUACCGUGUCGUUUGCAUCAGAGAUAAAUAAGUUUGUUAAACUUGUUCAAUGUUAUACAAUCUACCGUGUCCGUUUGCACCAGAGAUAAAUAAGUUUGUUAAACUUGUUCAAUGUUAUACAA